CGGCCUCUUUUCAGCUUUAAAAAAUAGGCCCCGCUUUCGCCGCAGGACGCUGCCCUGUUUCCUGGCGUUGGCAGCCUGGCGCAGCCCCUCGCCGCGGGCGGAAACGGCGCGGGUUGAGAUUAAGGUCGUUUUCUUUCGUUUAAAUAACGCCCUGCCAGAAGCAGACUGAUUUACAGCAAGGAACGUAGCGCUUGGCCUGUUUUUCUGCAGGUUAAAUCUUUCUCCAGUGUCCAGCCCCUCCCCUGUCGUUUUGAGACCCUUUUCCGCGACCUCCUCGGUGCACUUUUGUUAUGAAAGUUCCUCAUGGGUGGUUUGCUACUAGUUCCAUCCCGUCCAGCCUCUGGUGGUUUACCGCUGAUCUGGUCCAAUCAUAGACCUUUCCCUCUGCCAGGAAUGCUCUUACCACCUGGGCACGCCUCUGUCAGGACUCCUCUCUCAGCCCCCUCAGAGGAGUGCAAGCCUGAAACUGUGGAGAGAAAAAUAAGACCAGCCCUUGCUACAAAAACUAAAUCGCCUAUAGAAAACCAAGAUGAUGGUGACGACUCAAUAGCUGAUUUUCUCAAUAGUGAUGAGGAAGAGGACAGAGUUUCUUUGCAGAAUUUAAAGAAUUUAGAGGAGUCUGCAGCACUAAGAAGCUUACUGCUCAAUCCACACCUUAGAGAGCUGAUGGUCAGCCUUGACCAGGGGGACAACAAGGCAAAGCUCAUGAGAGCCUGCAUGCAGGAGCCGUUAUUUGUGGAGUUUGCUGACUGCUGUUUAAGGAUCGUGGAACCAUCCCAAACCGAGGAUUCUUGAGCUGGGCUGUU